CGAUUGAAAGGAUCUUCAAACUAUGUACCAAAAAAACAUGUACGUCAAAUACCAUUCGUUCCCUUCUCUACAGUUUGGUAUUGCACCUUUGACCUUCGAUUCCGCUCUCAUUUCAAGUCUCGGUUGGUAUAGUCGCACCCGCCGACUGUUGGCUUUUAUUUCGGUGAGCUUUUCCUUUUCCCAUGCACAAAACCACGUCUCCUUGCGGAGCUUCGAGACUUUGCACCGCAGCAGCAUUCCGACUUCCGACAAGAGGCUAAACACGAAAAACGUGAUUAGGAAGCGGAAAAAGGUGUUCCUCUAUCCAUUCCUUCCUGACGUGCUCACUCUCUCCAGGCAAAAGAAGCGACGAUCAACUUUUGACUGCGAAUUGUUCCAAAAGGAUAACGGGUGGCAAUCGACGGUGCAGGUGGAGGUGAUGCUGCUGUGAGGCGACGGUAAACUAUCCUCCCACUAGGUUAAAGCUUUGUCCUGGUCGGUAAGGAAAAUUAUGGCACUGCCAGGUGGGAAAAGGUAAUCUCUUAAAUGGAUGCCGCACGGAUGUGCGUUUCGGAAAAAUUUACGUGCGCCCCCGAGCCAACCGGGCACAAUUUUGCUGUGGGAAUUCCGAAACAAGGGGGCCCAAAAUGAAUAUAGGACGACUGUAUGCCGGGGGGUGGCGCACCUCAUGAAUAAGAAAUCACGGCAUAUUCGUGUUCAACGGAGGAGGUUUUUGAUAUUAUUUAUGUAGGCUAUUGUUAAAACAGAUGGAAAUAGGGAUAUUUGUG